AUGAGUCUAGUGGUGAGGAAGUCCUCACCCGUGGUAAUCAGGCCAUCGCCGGAGCCGGCAACGACGAGGGCGGUCACCAUAAAGCUCUCGUCCUUGGACAAGGGUCUGUACAAGGUGCCAACAACGUCUCUGCUCGUGUUCGAGGCUCCCCUCCACAACGCUGCCGAGACCAUCCGGGCUGCACUGUCCCGAGCAUUGGUCCACUAUUACCCUAUCGCCGGUCGCAUCGUCGCCGGAGCCGGCGACAAUGACGACGAUGUCCACAUCGAGUGCAACGAUGAGGGUGUGGUAUUCGUCGCCGCGUCCGCAAGCUACGCCCUGAAGGAAGUCCUGUGCUUCAACCGGUCACCGGGCGCGAGGAAGCUCCUCGACGAGCUUGCCGUCUACUACCCAGCCAUGACCUGUGGCCAUGGUGACCCUUUUCUGCUGAUGCAGGUGACCGAGUUCCCGUGCGGUGUCUUCGUCCUCGGCGUGACAUGGAACCACGGGGUUGCCGACGGCAUGGGGAUGGCCCAGUUCUUGCAGGCCGUCGGCGAGCUCGCCGGCGGGUCGCCGUCGCCGUCCGUCACUCCGGACCAGAUCCUGAGCCUCGAUCCACUGAACGCCGACGAGCUCGCCACUCAUGACAUCACAAUCGCCAUGGAUUCGAUUAACCGUAUCAGAGCAGAUUUCAGCACCUGCUUCCAUGGCCGGCAAUGCACGACAUUCGAGGUGGUGCUCGCCAUCCUAUGGCCGUGCCGCACCCGUGCGAUCAGGCCCGACCAGGAGACCCCGACCUUGCUGGUGUUCCUCGCCGACAUGCGCAGGCACAUCGGCGUGAAGAGAGGCUACUACGGCAACUGCAUCGUAGUGCAGCUGGUCAUGGCGAAGAGCGGCGCGGUGGCGGGCGGGGAGGUCAAGGACUUGGUCAUGGAGAUCAAGCACGCCAAGGAUCGGAUACCUGAUCGGUUGAAGGAAAACGAAGGCAUGGUAGGUGGAGAGGAGCUGCGUAAGCUGAAGACGUACGAUACUAUGACUGUGACGUCGUGGCGGAACCUUGGCUUCGAGCAGGUGGAUUUCGGGAGCGGGAGGCCGGCGAGGGUGGCGUCCUCCGGGAGAGAUAUGCCGCCGUCGCCGAGCGCGGCGGGCUUUCUGUGCAAUGGGAAGGGUGGGGUCAGUGUGUGGUCGGCCUUGGUCAGGGAGGAGCACGUUAACGCUUUCCUUGCAGAGUUAGCCAAGCAAGUUCUUGUGAGAUUAACUUUCUGUCGUGUCUUUUAA